AUGUCCGUGGCUGGCCGGAGCCAAUGGGGCGGGCAAGGGGCGGUGGAAGCCAAUGGGGGAGCGGCGAAGCCGGCCAGGGGGACAGCCCGGCUGGGAGCGGAGGAUCAUUCCGUGCUGGUGGCUGAUGGGGAAGGAGCGGCGGCGGCUCCGCGGUGGGGAUGGGGUGCGCUCUGCCUUCGCCGCCCGCCCCUCCGCUCCCCCGCCUGCCGGAUCCUAGGGGAGGCGCCGAGGCGCGGGGCGGGGAGCGGUCCUAGAGCCGGAGCCGCCCGGGCAGGGGCGCGCAGCCAGGAGGGAGGGAAAGGUGUGAACAAAGGUGGCCCCAGGGCUGAGGCUUCACAGAGGAAGGUUUGGUCUGGAAUCUGUUUUCAUGGCACAGCAUUGCAGCAUAAUUUCAGGAAUCCUAAACAUGUAAAGAUGAUGGUGCAUCAUCCCUCCUCAUCUACUGAGACUUCAGCUGCAGACGCAGUUGGUGCUGUAGUCCAUGCAUCUCAAACAACUCCCUCUAGGACAGAAGCAGUUAAAGAAGAGGACACCCUGAAGAACCUCGUGGACAUUCUGCAGCAAAUAAUGCAAAGUGUGCCCACUCAGGGCACACCAGCUCAGCAUUCAGCCGAUACACUUGCUCUUAACGAUACCAUUGAUGCUCUUUGGUUAAAGUAUACAGGAAACAUACUAAAAAGCAAAAAAAUCUAGAAAACGUCGCAAUGACAAGAAAAACUACUCCAUCUACAACACCGUCAGUUCUGACACUCCAAACUGACCCAGAUAUUUCUGUUGUUUUAUGUGUUUAUGAGUCUACUCAGCUGACAGCAGCACUGAAAGAGCUAGCCUUAAUAUUUCAAACUGCUGCUACAAAAAAGAAAAAUAAGACCCUUGAUCAGUUAAUGAAUGGAUUUAGUGAAAUCUUUGAAGAAUGUUUUAAAAAAAGGAAUGCUAAAUAUCGCAAUUAAGUUUGAAAACCCAGAACCUACCAGCAAAAAGAUGAAAAAGGUUGCAUGAGUCUAAGAAGGUGGAACAUCAAGCUCUAGGCAGAGUCAUCUUAGGAAUGACUGAAACGUUACAGACAGCAGUAGAGAGUGCACCUGAGAGCAUUAAACAAACUACAUCUCGGUGGGCAUGUUGAAUUGGCUGGAAUCUAGACAGCAAAAGCUCAAGCACGAGAAAAGCAGUAGAAUUUGUGAGAACAACUGUAUAAUUUUUCUAACGUUUCCUCUGCUCCUCUGUCUCUGUCCACGAGGUCUAGGAGAGAGCUCAACUGAAACCAGGAAAAUAAGAUCUUUGAUUAACCUGCUUUAUGAUUUUAGUCAUCAAUUAAAUCCAUAUAUUGAUAGUUAUGUUGAGAAAAAUAUUCCAGCUUUUAAGAAUGCUGAAAACACUCUAAAAAAUUGUUAAAUACUAAUGUCUGGAAUACUGUCAUUGUCUUUCCUUGAGGUUUAAAAAAUUGAUUUUCAGUUUUGUCAGUCACCCAAACCAGAUAUAACUGUAUUUAUUCCAGUAAUUAAAAGUUACCAUUUUAAAAUGUUUUUACUCACAUUUGUUAUAUGACAAUGAUAAAUUGGACUGUAGUGAAAUAGAGUAAUGCUCAUUUGGCUUUUCCAAAUUUUACUGUGUUUAAUAUGUGCAUAUAAGAGAUGACAGCUCAGGUCACUCAUAUUUUUUGAAUACACUCUAUGUUCUACACUAAUGGCACAACAAUAAAUUGGCUCCAACAAUUUCUCCAAUUUUUUUUUUUUUUUUGUGGACAUAUUCCGAUUUCAGCAUUGGAAAAUAUAUUCUUACUUAAAAAUAGCACCAUGCAAUAUUUACAUUUUCUGCUGCUAGUUGUCAGAUUUUUGGAGCUCUGUAUUGUUUUUAUUUUCCUCCUGUUUAUUUGGAUUUUCUUUUGGAUUUAGUUAAAUUCUUAGAAGGCUUCUGUCAAAUAUUGUUCUUUCUUGAAACAUAGUGUUCUGCAUGGGUUGAAAGCUGAAAAUGGAAGUUUUGGGGUUUUUGGCAUAAAGAUGCUUUUAAACUAA